AUGCCGACCAAACGCUUUCUCGGCCUCAAUGGCACCCAGCUUCAGGUCGCUAUCGGCGUCCUGGCUGGUAUGGAUUUCCUGCUUUUCGGUUACGACCAAGGCGUGACUGGUGGCCUUCUUACCCUCGACUCUUUCAGAAAAUACUUCCCAACAAUUGAUACUACAGCAGCGCAUACUGAGGGUUGGUCAUCUGCGGCUAAAUCCAAUCAGUCAACUCGCCAGGGUAUCACCGUUGCCGCGUACAACUUGGGAUGUUUCGCCGGUUCUAUUCCCACUAUCUGGAUUGGUAACAUGCUGGGUCGCCGCAAGGCUAUCUUCCUCGGUUCUUUCAUUAUGUGCAUCGGAGCUAUUCUGCAAUGUACUUCCUACGAGCUCGCCCAGCUGGUCGUUGGUCGUCUUGUCACUGGUUUCGGAAACGGCAUCAACACAUCUACAGUCCCCACCUGGCAAUCUGAAUGCUGCAAGUCCCAUCGACGAGGUCAACUGGUCAUGAUUGAGGGUGCUAUGAUCACUUGUGGUAUCACCAUCAGUUAUUGGAUUGAUUUCGGUUUACUGUUCGCCGAUCCCAGUGAGGUUGCUUGGCGUUUCCCGCUCGCUUUCCAGAUCUUCUUCGCUGCCAUCAUCUUGGUUUUCGUCAUGUUCCUCCCAGAGUCUCCCCGUUGGCUUAUUUUGAAGGGUCGUGAGGAUGAGGCCCGCGAGGUUUUGUCGUGCUUGAUGGGCGAUGAGACCGACGAAGUCUUCAUUGACACUGAAUUUAUCGCUAUUAAAGCUACCGUCCUGGAGAUGGCCAAGGGCUCAUUCCGCGAUAUGUUUACUAUGGGCCCUGAUCGACACUUCCAUCGUACCAUGCUUGCCUACGUCAACCAGAUGUUCCAGCAGAUCUCCGGUAUCAACUUGAUCACAUACUAUAUUCCUACCAUUAUUGAGGAACAAAUUGGUCUGAGCGGUAUUAACUCGCGUCUUAUUGCUGCUUGCAACGGUACUGAGUACUUUGCUGCCUCCUGGGUCGCCGUGUUCACCAUCGAAAAAUUUGGUCGUCGUUCGCUCAUGCUCUUCGGCGCUGUUGGCAUGUCGGUUUCUAUGGCUGUCCUGGCCAUCAGUGAUUCAAUCUCCUCUACGAACAAGGGCAAUUCUACAGGUGUCGCUGCCGGUAUCGCCCAGACGGUGUUCCUGUUUGUUUUCAACACUUUCUUCGCUAUUGUUGCUUUCAGUACCAUUGGCUACAAGACCUAUGUCAUCUUCGCUGUUAUUAACGCCGCAAUUGUGCCUGUUGUGUACUUCUUCUUCCCGGAGACUACCAUGCAACCACACAUGUACGGCCCCAACGGUGAACUUCUUCGCACUCUGGACGAUGUCGAGGAUGAUGCAGUCCGUCGCGCCAGUGUUAUCUCCAACCCGAACAAGAAUGUUGCCAGGGCUCACCGUGAACACGCCGAGAAGGAUAGCGACGACAAUACCGCAACUAGCGAGGAGAAAUAG